AUGACCACUAGAGAAUAUCUAGGGAGCUGCUCGCCUCCCCAUGUCCCAGCUCACCCAGCAUCCGCGCCACACCUCACAGCCCAGACUUCAACAGACCUCACCAAAAAGCCAUCUCAAAUGGAACACACCAUGGAAACCAUGAUGCUUCCAUUUCACAAAUUUGCCAGGGAUAAAGGCUACCUAACAAAGGAAGACCUAAGAGUACUCAUGGAAAAGGAAUUCCCUGGAUUUCUGGAAAAUCAAAAAGACCCUCUGGCCUUGGACAAAAUAAUGAAGGACCUGGACCAGUGCCGAGAUAGCAAAGUGGGCUUCCAGAGCUUCUUUUCCCUAAUUGCAGGCCUCACCAAUUCAUGCAAUGACUAUUUUGUAGUACACAUGAAGCAAAAGGAAAAGAAGUAG